ACACUGUGGUUCCGGCCGGCAUCGGCACCCACUUUUAGCCCUUUUAACAAUUUCGAACCAGCAAUCGAGAGCACUUUCGAAUCCCACCCCGAAAAGAAAGCAAUGUCGACAGUCGCAUCGCCCGUCAGGUUAUGCCGACUCCAUAGUAGCCGUUUCAUCCGGCAAUCUACCGUGCACAAAGCCACAUUGCCCUCAAUAAGUCCUCGCAUUAGAUCGGUGUUGAACAGAGACGCUUUCCGAAAAAAGCAAACUACUACUUUCACCAGCGUUGAAUUUUUUCGUGGGCUCCACGUGAUGAGUCAACAGCACCAGACAUCAACCAAAAUCACAACUACUACAUCCAACACCAACAAGAGAACCAUCAGCGCAAGCCACACCCCGAAUUCCGAACGCGAAGAACUCCAGCUCAAGAGAAUGGCGGCCGCAAAACCUGGAGAUGACCACUUCCUCACGCUCUCGUGCCCCGACAAACCAGGCAUCGUGCACGCCGUGACGGCAAUCCUCGCCGCCCAAAACCUCACCAUCCUCGACCUCCAGCAAUUCUCAGACCGAGACUCAAACACCUUCUUCAUGCGCGUGCACUUUGGCCACACGUCCGAUCUCUCCGCGUUCCACGCGCCCAUGGCCUCACUCGCAAAGGACAUGCAAAUGGACUACGACGUGCGCGCCGUCGUCUCCAAGCCAAAAGUCCUCAUCAUGGUCUCCAAGAUCGGCCACUGCUUAAACGACCUUUUAUUCCGCGUUAAGAGCGGCCAGCUCAAAAUCGAGAUCCCCGCCAUCGUCAGCAACCACCCGGAAUUCGCAGAUCUGGCAAAGAGCUACGGGAUCCCUUUUUACCACCUCCCCGUGACCAAGGACACCAAGGCCGAGCAGGAAUCCCGCAUCCUCGAACUCAUCAGCGAGUACAAUAUCGAUCUCGUCGUCCUGGCCAGAUACAUGCAAGUCCUCUCCCCACGCCUCUGCUCGGAAAUGUCCGGCAAGAUCAUCAACAUCCAUCAUUCUUUCUUGCCGAGUUUCAAGGGCGCGAAGCCCUAUCACCAGGCGUACGAGAGGGGUGUCAAGAUUAUCGGAGCCACGGCGCAUUUCGUGACCAAGGAUUUGGACGAGGGGCCGAUUAUUGAGCAGCGGGUUGCUAGGGUCGACCAUGCGCUUUCGCCAAAGGAGUUGGUCGAGGAAGGAAGUAAUGUUGAGAGCCAGGUGCUGGCUGCGGCCGUCAAGUGGUGGAGUGAGAAGAAGGUGUUUUUGAAUGGUGCGAAGACUGUUGUGUUCAAUUAA